UGAGUUCGGCGCAGCAUGCCCUUGCCGAGGCACAGGGCGUCCUUCCUGGGGCAGCAGCCCUCCACAUCCACCGCGGAGAGCUCGGGGGCCACAAGCCGCAGGGUGAGCAUUGGCGGAGGCGGAGGCCUGACCAGGCCGUCCGGGGUCUAUGUGGGCGUUGUCCCAACGGGAGGCGUGAGCAGCCUGGGCACCCGGGUCUCGCGCAGAGCUCUGGGGAUCAGCAGCGUCUUCCUGCAAGGCCUUCGUAGUUCUUGCGCUUCCAUCCCGUUGCCCCAAGGGCUGGAAAGGGGACGGGGCCUGACCUAUGAGAGCCUGAACGGGUGCCUGGUGGACUACAUUGAAAAGGUGAAAGCCUUAGAGCAGGUCAACCAGGAGCUGGAGGACCGCAUCCGCGUUUACCUGAACAAGAGGUCUUCCAAUGCCAGCAACUGGGGUGCCCUGAGAGAGAGCUGGGAGGCCAUCUAUCACCAAGUUGGAGAUGCUGUCCUGGAAAAUGCCCGGCUUAUGUUGCAGACAGAGAAUAUUCAAGCCUGUGCUGAAGAUGUUAAAGACAGGUAUGAAAAUGAGCAACCUUUCCGAAAGGCAGUGGAAGACGAAAUUAACUCCCUCUAUAAAGUGAUUGAUGAUGCUAACUUGACUAAGGUAGACCUGGAAGGACAGAUCGAAAGUAUGAAAGAAGAACUAACUUUACUGUCAAAGAAUCAUGAAGAGGAUGUCAAGAUGCUUUACAAGCAGCUUGCCGUAUCACCUCUGGAAGAAUUAGAUGCUCCCAUUGGAACUGGCCUGGAUGACAUCUUGGAGAAGAUCCGGAUUCACUGGGAGAGAGAUAUUGAACGGAAUCGUGCUGAGACUGGUGCAUUGCUCCACUCCAAGCAAUCUACAGAAACAGCCCCUACUGUACGAACUCAAGAGGAGGAAUUGGUGGAAAGCCUGAGGGCAGAGUUUCAUGAAACAGCUUGCAAAAUUCAAAGCCUGCAAGCAGAGACCGAAUCUCUGAGAACACUGAAGAGAGGAUUGGAAAACUCCCUCUAUGAUGCCAAGCACUGGCAUGACAUAGAGCUGCAGAAUCUAGGCUCAGUCAUUACCAAGCUGGAAGCAGAAAUAGGAGAGAUCCGAGGCGAGACGGAGCAGCAGCAGCGGGAUCGUGAAACCUUGCUGUCUAUGAAAGCAGAACUGGAGAAAGACAUUGCUGCGUAUCACUGCCUGUUGGACAAGGAAGAGAGCAGUGCUGCUUUGGCUACAGAAGGAUCCACACUGAGAGAAUGACCUUGCUACGUGUAUAUAGGAUUCUUGCACAGCUGGAUUUCCACAUUCUCUGUCUUCAGAAGACAAUUAUUGCCAUUCAGCACAAACACUGAUCUCACUGGCAAAAAGUGUCCAUGGAAACAACAACAGACAGGACAGUCUGCUCCAGCCCAAUUUAAAAACCUAAGUAGGCCAUUGCUUGUCCUACCGUACUAAGUGCUGCCCCACAUGUGAUUGCUUUGCAUGAUGGUUGCAAUAUAUCCAUUGUGAUUAUAGAAUAAAAUUUCAGUUCCAAUUA